CCAUAGGCCUCCUUGGCUGGCCCUUAUCUGUACACGUCCAUUUAAACCACGCCACGCAAGCACUUGUUCUUCUUCCUCCAUUCUCAUCCUGCCACCAUGAAGCUAGCAGCUGCCUGCGCCUCGAUGGAGGUGAAAGCAAAGCCGGCGAGGGGCGGGAAGAGGACCAGGGCAAGCAGCGGCACGGCUGGUGUGCCGACGGCAAAGGUACUGAUGGAGAAGAAGGAGUCGGAGAAGGAGAGGCGGCAGCACAUGAAGAGGCUCUGCGAGAAGCUCUCGUCCCUCAUCCCCAAAGAAGACAACCCCCACGCUGAUACAAUGACCCAACUAGGCAGCCUGGAUGUGGCCGCAUCAUACAUCAAGAAGCUCAAGGAGAGGGUCGAUGAGCUACAACGUAAGAAGACCUCUGCACAAGCCAUGGCUACCUUACGGAGAGUUAGUGACAUCUCAAUGCCCACUACCACCAUUACCACAAGCAGUGGUGCGGGGUCACUGGAAGGAGAUAAAUAUUUGGACGCAUCACCAACAGUAGUGGAGGUGCGACAACCCGACGAUUCAAGCAUGGACGUGAGGCUUAUAUGCAGCACCGAGAAACCGAUCAAGCUCCAUGAGGUGAUCACCAUCCAUGAAGAAGAAGGGGCCGACAUCGUCAACGCCAAUCACUCCGUUGCUGGCCACAAAAUAUUUUACACUAUACACUCUCGGGCCUUCAGCAUCAGAAUUGGCAUAGAUGUUUCAAGAAUUACCGAACGACUGAGGGCAUUGGUAUGAUAGUAAAUCAAUUUGUGGACACACAAAACCCCACACAGAACUGUGUAAAAUAAAAAUCCAUGGACAAUACAUGAUAUCUAUUUAUUAAUUUACUAUGACAGGGAUGGAAACACCUAAA